GUAAAGAAAACUAACAAUUAGGUUACAGUUGUACAAAGCAUCAGCCAAGUAUCCUGUGAUUUGACAUUGGUAGAAGAUUUUUUUUUUGUUAAGUCCCAAAAAAUCAAAGCUUUGAAAUACUGACUCUGAAAUCCCCCUUGAGUAGGGGAUGAGUUAAGAUCACACCUGGAUGCCCUCAGUAUAUCAGCAGAGUUGGCUCCAGCAUAGUUCUACACUUACUCAGUGGAAGAAGACAGGGCUUUUGAGUAUCCACAUUCAGAGCAGAUAUGGAUGAGUCUCCUCAGGUUGAAUUCAGGCCUCAAAGUGCCGUGCUGAUCUCAACAACCAUUGUGGUGAAUAUUACGUGGUGGAUAGUCAUGGUUGCCGCCAUUGCUUUGGGGACUUUAUAUCUGGAUCAGUGUCCAGUUCAGCCUAAGAUCCCCGUCUAUCUGAUUGUUUUUGGAACGUGCAGCAUCCUGGCUCUGUCUUUGACAUACUCCAGCAAGAGCAGUGGAAAGAACCGCUGUACCUCCAUCCUGAUCUCGUCUUGUAUGACCCUCCUGCACAUCUUCAACUUUGGCUGGUUCAUUGCAGGCAGCUGCUGGAUUUAUCCAGUUUACCCUCCAAAUUACACACCUGGAACAGCUCAGUACUGCCACAAGACUACCUACCAGUUUGCCUUCAUUGUCACCACCCUGGUGUGGGUCACUAUAUCGUUAGUAUUCUUCUGUGGAUGUUGCUUCUCUCUACUGACCUGUGGUAGGACUGUUCGUGCAGGACGCAGGUUGAUACCAAACCGUAGUUCUUUUUAUGGUGCAAUAAGUGAAGAACCCACGGUUGGUGAUGUGUGAUUCAAAUCUUUGUUCAUCUCUCCAAAUGUGAAGAGAAAUUGAAAAGAGCAGAGUUGUUAACCUGUUUCUGUAGUGAGGCUUAUUUGUAUUUGUAAAUUUAGUAACUGAAAAUGAAAGAUAAAUAAAAUAUGAAAGGUUAGUCUAAAAACUGCUGUAACUAGCUUUGCACAACUGCAGCGUCACAUCUCAUGCUAUCUGUUAUUUCCUGUACACUUGAAAAUGCUUAUCAAGAAUCUAGUGGCAGCUUAUAUUUGUGUAGGGGCAUGAAGAUUCAGCUUAACUUGUUAUUUAACAAUUAAUUAUAUUGUUGCUUGAAUUAAAAAGUUUGAUAUGUUGUCUGAGUGCUUUACUUAGAGAGAAAAAAUGUAUAUAUGCCACAUAACUGAGGUUUUAAAUGCAUCCUUGGCACUAUCAAGCGCCUGAGUUUUGUCUGUAGUUGCACCUACUGUUCAUAACACUGUUACAUCUUCAAUAAAGAAAAGCUAGCUUUAA